AUGACAGCUGUUGCCGAGCGUGUUUCGCAGCACUCUUCAUCAAAUAUGACUUCUCCCCGAGUAUUUUUCGAUGUAUACGCUGAUAGUACAUCUCUUGGUCGAAUUGUAUUCGAAUUGUUCGAUACUGAAUGUCCGAAAACAUGCGAGAACUUUCGAGCCCUAUGUACAAUGGAGAAAGGCUACGGAUUCAAGUCGUCCAUAUUACAUCGUGUGAUUCGCGGAUACUUUUUGCAAGGAGGUGAUUUCACAUCAUACAAUGGAACAGGUGGUAAAUCCAUCUUUGGAAAAAAAUUCGAUGAUGAAAGUUUUGCUCGAAAAUUUACCACGCCUGGUUUAUUAGCCAUGGCUAAUCAAGGACCAAAUACUAACACAUCGCAAUUCUUCAUAACACUCUUACCAUGUCCAUGGUUAAACGGUAAAAAUGUUAUAUUUGGUCAAGUCGUCGAAGGCUUCGAUGUGAUUAAACAAGUCGAAACAUAUGGAAGUGAUACAGGUAUACCGAGCCGACGUAUACUUAUUCAAGAAUGUGGUCAAUUAUAA